AUGGACAGUACGAUCACCUUGUGGCAGUUCCUCCUCCAACUCCUCCAGGAGCCUCAGAACAAACAUAUCAUCUGUUGGACCUCCAACGACGGAGAGUUCAAAUUGCUGCAGGCAGAGGAGGUGGCCCGGCUUUGGGGAAUCCGCAAGAACAAGCCCAGCAUGAACUAUGACAAACUCAGCCGUGCUCUCAGAUACUACUAUGUGAAGAAUAUCAUCAAAAAAGUGAAUGGUCAGAAGUUUGUGUACAAGUUUGUUUCUUAUCCGGAGAUUUUGAAUAUUGCUCCACUGAUGGUGGGCAGGAUUGAGGGAGACCCAGUGAUGGCUGGCUUUGCAGAAGUCAGCAGUGCUCCAAAGGACCUGGAAAACGGUGUGAAAGAGAAGCCCCAGACCUGUGCUAAAUCAUCCAGCCGCAAUGACUAUAUCCAUUCAGGCCUGUACUCUUCUUUUACUCUGAACUCCCUGAACUCCUCCGGUGUGAAGCUCUUCAGGUCGGUCAAGAUUGAGAAUCCAGCUGAGAAACUGGUGGAAAAAAAACCUGCUCAGGAUUUGACACCUUCAGUCAUAAAGUUUGUGACCAUGCCCUCCAAAAGGCCUGCAGUUGCACCCCUUGCCUCCACUCUUCCUAUAGAAUCAGAAGAAACUCUCCAGACCUUGGAGACUCUAGUUCCACCAAAAUUAACUCCCACUGAAGCUCCAGCCCCUUUGCCAAACUUCACCACCACCUUCACCCCAACACCACCUGCAUCUUCCAUUUCUCCCACUCUGGAGGUUCCUUCCACACCCCCUUCACCACCCUUGAGUUCUAACCCUGACCUGGACAUUGACACGGACAUAGAGUCGGUGGCUUCUCAGCAGUUGGAGCAGUCUCAGAACCCUCAGCACCUAUCACCAGAGCUCAGAGAGCACGAUUUGUCUGUGCUAGAGAAGGAUCUUGCCAAUCACCUCUCCAGAGCUAAAAGACCCAAAGGGCUGGAGCUAGCUCCCACUCUUGUCAUUACAGGCAGUGAUCCAAGCCCACUGGGGAUACUAAGCCCUUCUCUCCCUACUGCUUCUCUUACUCCAGCAUUUUUUUCACAGACUCCCAUCUUGCUGACCCCAAGCCCCUUGUUCUCGAGUAUUCACUUCUGGAGCACGCUCAGUCCAGUAGCUCCUCUCAGUCCAGCAAGAUUGCAAGGUGCUAACACCCUUUUUCAGUUUCCAUCAGUACUGAGCAGCCAUGGGCCAUUUACUCUGUCUGGACUGGAUGGACCCUCCACCCCUGGGCCGUUUUCCCCAGAUCUGCAGAAGACAUAGCACAUGAACUCCUGGAAAGGACAAAUUGGGGAACAACGGAAAGAGAUGACAUUCAAUGUAAUCCAUUUUUAAAUGAACAAUUUAUAAUUCCACCCAGAUCAUGAAUGGUCAUAAUUUUUGCCAUUCCCAGUUCAAAUGCCUUUUUGCAAAAUUCCCUCUUUUGA